CUUCCCGCCGCGCCCCUUCGCUCACACACAGGAAGGAAAGCCGGAGUUUCCCGGAGUGAACCCCAGCGCCAAGCAGUGAAUGAAGUGCUCCUGUCACAGUUAGAGAAGUUUUCCAUCUCGUAUGCUGCUUCUGUACGGACACGACCGACAUGCUGAUUAAAGAGUUCCGAGUUGUUCUGCCUGUUUCAGUGGACGAGUACCAAGUGGGUCAGCUCUACACAGUAGCAGAGGCCAGUAAGAAUGAGACGGGUGGAGGCGACGGUGUGGAGGUGCUGAAGAACGAGCCCUAUGAAAAAGAUGGAGAGAAGGGACAGUACACCCACAAGAUCUACCACCUGCAGACUAAAGUGUCAGGUUUCAUCGCUAAAAUUGCUCCAAAAGGUUCACUGACUGUUCACGAGAAGGCCUGGAAUGCAUAUCCAUACUGUCGAACCAUCCUCACAAAUGAAUACAUGAAAGACAAUUUCAUGAUCAAGAUCGAGACGUGGCACAAGCCUGAUAUGGGGGAUCAGGAGAAUGUGCAUGGACUAGAUCCAGACACAUGGAAGAAUGUUGAAGUUGUUUACAUUGACAUUGCUGACAAAAGUCAAAUAGAUUCAAAGGAUUACAAAGAAGAUGAGGAUCCAGCCAAGUUUAAGUCUGUGAAGACGGGCAGAGGGCCUCUGGGACCUGAGUGGAAGAAGGAGCUCCCAAACAAAAGUGACUGUCCACACAUGUGUGCCUACAAGCUAGUCACUGUUAACUUUAAGUGGUUUGGACUGCAGAACAAAGUAGAAAACUUUAUUCAGAAGCAAGAGAAGCGUUUGUUCACCAAACUCCACAGACAGGUGUUCUGCUGGUUAGACAAAUGGAUUGAUCUGACGAUGGAUGACAUACGACGUAUGGAGGAGGAAACGCAGAAGGAGCUUGAUGAGAUGAGGGUCAAAGAUCCAGUUAAAGGCAGUACGGCUGCUGAAGACUAGCUCACUCAUUUUGAUACUGGAAGACUUGACUAUACUCCCUGACUGGCACCGCUGGAACUGGACUGCUAUAAACAAGAAAAGCAUUUACGUCCCAAUAAAAAAAAAUCUUGUCUUAAUAAGAUCUCAUUGUUGUGAAGCUGUUGUGUAUAUUUAUGUACAAUGCUGAAAUACAAGUACAGCAGCUUUUAGUGCUUUUAAAGAAGUGGGUUGCAGGUUGAGGGAGAAUUCUUAUUUAUGCUUUUGGUUAUUAGAUCUUAAACCACUUGGGGGAAAGUGCGGGUGAUCUCUGAAGCAACAUUCCACAUUACUGUAAUCUAUUUUUUUUUUUUUUUUUUUUUUUUUUUCUUCUUCGUGUCCUCGUCUCAGUGACUUAUUGUUUACGUACCCGCAACUGCAAAAUCUCCAGUGUUAAUAAGAUUUUAUAUUUUUCUUAUCUAUAAAUUGUCUUGUCUUAGCUAUAAGUGGACAUAAGUGCUUUAAAAAUUUACAAAUUUCUUGAUUUCACAAAGGGCUCAGACUGGAUCCUCCACCAUCCUCUGCUGAGUUUCCUCAAAUGAUUUCUUGUAAUCAGGAUGGCUGGAGACACUAAAAUAUGGUUAAUGGUUUACAUAAAAACUUGCAUGUUAUUUUGGGGGGGAUUUCAUUGGGUUGAUGAUUUGAGUGUUGCUGAUAAUGUGCAAGAAGACCCUGAACUCUAAGCAGAUUUCAAAAGAAUUGAGACUACAGGCACUUCUGUCUUGAUGAUUGUUCAGAUGUCUGUAAGUCUUCCAUGUACUGAAUGAAAUGAAAUAGCCUGGAUAUAAAUAUGACUUAUAACUGUUUAGUGUACAUUAAACGAAACUUCAUUGUU